AAACGAAUCACAUAGAACUCCACGCAUCAUAACUUCCCAAAUUUGCGCUGAGAAGGCACACUCAAAAAACAGAUGUCUUCUUGUUUCUAUCGGGUCGUGACAGAACACACAUGAUGGAUCAAUAUUUCCAUUCCAACUUAGCAUGCGAUCACCUGUUGUCAGUCUCUCCUUUAUAGCAAUCCAUAAAAUGAAGGAGUAUUUUAGUGUGAUUUUUAAACCAAACCGCUUGUUCCCAGUGAAAUUCUUGAUGUCUCUAUUCUCACAAAUUCACGGAUGCUUGUCUUUGGUGGUGUUAAACUCAAAAUAAAUAAAUAUAAAGCAGGAACUGAUAGGGCCGCAGUAGUCUAUUCGAGCUGCACUAGAACCAGUGUUUGUGACAUUGAUCUUGCUUGAUAGACUUACGUUUCUCCAAAAACAAGGAGGCUCAAUUGAAGCUUUAGUGCUUCCCAUCUCUCACCAUAUCAACUAAGAAUGUUGCCAUCAUUGCUAAAAGGCGCUGACCUAAAGCUUAAAAACUCUCUUUUUUUUGGGUGUAAAACUCUCUUUUGUUUUGAUCCUUUGUAAAGCUUUGUUUGACGUAUGAAAUGUGUUUCUGUUGGAGGUGACGUCUGAAGUUUUUAUUCAUCAAAUUUCAUGGAGCAGCGAAGAGAGUUCACCUGAAGACUGUUUUUACCGGUCCACAUUUUCAGCCGUGUGAACACAGUCCCAUUUCUUCUUUCUGUACGUGUCUACGUGAUAUACAAAAAAAAAACAUGAAAAUGUGAUGAAGUUUCCUUCCACUUUCUUAUAAGUUAUAACCGUAAUUGCUUUCAAAACCCCUGUUUUGUCAUUGUUUAUGCAUUUCAUCACCUAACUCUAUAGGUUUAACUAUUGUUUUUUUAAAACAGUUCAUUCAGAAUCAAUAUUUAAUAAGCAGUUCCUUGUUUUAUUUCUUAUACACGUUAUCACACUAUUAUUACUAGUUAAAAUGAACAUAACACUCGGUUUAAAAGAUAAAACCAAUUAGAUUUUCAUCGUGAACAAAUUAAUUGGGUAUAAAUCCUAAUAGUUUUUUUUUUUGACAUCGUAAAUCCUAAUAGUUUUUCAUGGCUAUUUUGUAACAUUAAAGUGUAUCUGGUAAUCAUACUAUUCAUUUUAUAAGUUAUUCAAUAAAUAGUAGAAUCAUUUUGUUUCUGUAUCGGCGUGAGGAAUCUCUAUAGACAUAUAUGAAUAAAAAGAACUUAACAAAAGAAAACAAUGAAGCAUUUUUUUGACAACAAGUGUUGGUUUUUCCUUUUGACGUACAUGUUGAAAAGCGUUUAUUCCAAAUAUUGUAAUCAGGAAGGAAAAUAUUUGGUUCUUCAUCCUUAAUGGACAAGACAUUGGCCUAUACUAAAAAAAAAGAAGCAAAUACUUAUACCAAGAAAGAUGAAGAAUUAUGCCCAUGAAUAUAGCAUAGAUUAAAGAUUAGUGAUAAUACGAAAUAAUUAAUAAUUAAACGGUCGACGACUUUUUGCCCAAAAAAAAAAAUUGCCCGAAAAAAAAAACGGUCGACGACUUCUUAAAAAGGUCGGUUCAUAAAUGAUAACCGGGAGAUGAGAAAGAAAGAAAUAAAGUAAGAAAAGACCGUAGGUUGCUUGGUCGUCAGAGCAACAUAUAAAGAAAGAUACUGACUUGUGCUUACGAUUGACUUUUACCCGCCUCUAUAAAUAGAGACCAUCUUCUCCUUCUUCUUCUUCAUCCAUCCCUCAAGUCCUCCAUUUCGACAGUCCUAAUUAAUCGCACAAAAAUUUCACAGGUCUGUUUUACACUGAUGGGUUGCUUCUGGUUCUCACGCCACGAGAGUGGAGUAGAGCCUUCAGAAGCUGAUGGAGAAGUUUCACUGACAGAAAAGGUAAAGAUUUACAAAUACAAAGAGAUUCGUCAAGCUACAGAUGAUUUCAAUGCCCUGAAUAAAAUUGGAGAAGGAGGGUUUGGUUCUGUGUACAAGGGUCAUCUUAAAGAUGGAAAGGUGGCAGCUAUCAAAGUUCUAUCAGCUGAAUCAAGACAAGGUGUAAAAGAGUUCUUGACUGAGAUCAAUGUGAUCUCAGAGAUACAACAUGAGAAUUUAGUUAAGUUAUAUGGAUGCUGCGUGGAGGGGAAUCACAGGACCCUUGUUUACAACUAUCUCGAGAACAAGACCCUUCUAGCUGGGGGCUACACUAGGAGUGGUUUACAGUUUGAUUGGAGCACUCGUGCCAAUAUUUGCGUUGGGGUUGCUAAAGGUCUUGCCUUUCUUCAUGAAGAAGUACAGCCACACAUAAUUCAUAGAGAUAUCAAGGCAAGCAACAUAAUACUUGACAGAGAUUUAUCCCCCAAGAUAUCUGAUUUUGGACUCGCUAGGCUUAUGCCACCGAACAUGACACAUGUCAGCACUUGUGUCGCGGGUACAAUUGGUUAUUUAGCGCCAGAGUAUGCGGCUAGGGGACAGUUGACGCGUAAAGCCGAUGUAUACAGCUUUGGAGUCCUUCUUAUGGAGAUAGUCAGUGGAAGAAGUAACAAAAACACACGGUCACCCACUGAAUAUCAGUAUCUUCUAGAAAGAGCUUGGGAGCUUUAUGAGCGGAAUGAGCUCGUGGAUCUUGUUGAUAUAGCGUUAGGCGGAGUUUUUGACGCAGAGGAGGCUUGCCGGUACCUUAGAAUCGGUCUUUUGUGCACUCAAGACGGUACUCAGCUAAGGCCAACUAUGUCCACAGUGGUGAAGGAUAUAGACACCAAGAAAAUAACCAAGCCGGGUUUGAUAUCUGAUUUUAUGGACAUGAAAGUGAGAGAACCGGUGGAAACAAAGACAGAGGAAGUGAGCAGAUGCAACUACACAAACCCUUCUUCUUAUAAUGCCUCGCCUAGCUCCGGGACUAGUGACAACUCAAAUGGUUACUCAUCAGGGGCUUCAUCAACUAAUGCGAUUUAUUCGUUCAGCAUUACCAAUUAGAAAAUAAAUGUUUUUUUUUGGUGUUUGAUGUUUUUGUGUGUGUGUCAUCAUCCAGGUUCUUCUUUCUUUGAUUUGCAAACAGAGAUUUGUGUGUGUGUGUGUGUGUAUAUAAGUUUCAAUUUGAAUACGAAUUUGUCCCAGAAAAGAGAGAAGUAGCUGUUCACAUUUUUU